UUCCGGAAAGCAUGACAUUUAGGAGAAAUUCAUUUUUUUGCUAAACAAUACUGUUUGACUGUAUUUAUUUUUCAUUAAAACGUAACUAUUAAAAACAUGGGCAAGUCUGGGAGACAUAAGACCGAAAAUACUUUUAGAUUCCAGACAUUCUCUGAGAGAAUCAAGAACAUCAACAUAGAUGUGAUUCAUCAAAUAAGGCACCAUGACGACACACCAGAGGAGACUGAAACCUACUUUGGAUUGGCCUUGCAAAAGCAGUCAGAGUUAAACUGUACAGAAUACUUUGUGAACUUCCAGCGGGAGAUCUCACAGCAAGUGAAAACAUUCAAUCAGCUAGUCCACCAUGAGGAGGAGCUUGUUUCGGCACUCAAGAAGCACCUGCUGGUCCCGAACAGCAUGGCCAUACCUGCCUUGCUCCAUUUGUUGGUCCAACUGGCAAGGGACCUGCAGUCAGACUUCUACCGCCACUUCCACGAGCUUUUUGAGAUUCUUGUGCAGGUGUUGGGGUCGUACAGCCGAGAUGUUGAGGUGCUCGAGGCCACGUUCUCCUGUCUGUCCUACCUGUUUAAGUUCCUAUGGAGAUACUUGCUCUCUGAUGUCAAGCUUGUUUAUGGUUACUUUUCAUCUCUUCUGAGCCAGCAGUACAAGGAAUAUGUGAGAAACUUCGCAGCUGAGAGUUUUGCUUUCCUCAUGAGAAAGAGCAAGCAACCAUCGGAACUGUUUGACUUCAUGUUCAAAUCAUUGGAGAAGGAGCCAGAUACGUGUGAGGGGGUGGGGCGACUGAUGUUUGAGAUGAUGAAGGGGGUCAAGGAACAGUUCCACAGCUCUACAACAAAGGUAUUUCCGGUGCUUCUUCAAAAGCUGGGACCUAAAGGAAAACAAAAGGGCACUUGGUUACCAUGGCAACUGGUAGAGGAAUCUCUUACAACCACUGUCAUCUCCAUGGCAACACAUGCCAGUAAGGAGCACCUUGCUGAUAUAUGGGACAUGAUAAUGGCUGAGAUAGCAUCAGUUGAGACCCACUGGCAGAGCAUGAAGAAGGGGAACAAGACCAUGGUAUCAGAAACACUGGAACGUCUGCUCCGUCUGCUCAACACCCUCAUCAAGUUCCGGGCAGGGAAACUCCUCUCCAAGCCUAAUAACAUAGCAAAGGCCAUGUUGGGGCUCCUGCAGAAUGGGUUCCCGGUCAGUACAGGUCAGGUGAUCCUCACACUCAUCUCUGACCUCUUGACCACUGUCCACUCACGCCUUCACCUGGAAGUUACAGCCAAACUGAUGCCGGCCGUGUUCAAGACUGGCUACCCAGCUGAGGUCAUCUACACCUUUACAAGGACCUUGUUUAACUUGCCACUGUUUGAGAGAGAUGUCCUGCCUAACCUGCUGAAAUACACCAAGGCCAACAUGGACUCACCCACCCCACAGAUGGAAGAGUCCACUCUCACAUUUAUUACAGAUCUGCUGAUUUGGAAAUGUCCACUACUGAAACAUGGGGGUGAUUUGCUCUCCCUAGACACAUACAUGCUGGAUUUUACAUCGAGCCCAGCAGACAGUGGUGUUCCAGCCUACAUCAGUAGCAUACUACAGCACGCCAGUGAUUGGGAAAGCAUUCCCUCCUGCAAACUAGAGCAGUCCAAGUUGUGGGCUGCGCUGAUCUGUCUCCCACAUGUCAGACCAAUAGACAAAGACCAGGCAGUGCUUCAUGUGUCGACUCUGUUGAAGACGCUUAUGGAUUUCAUGUCAUCAGAGACCGGUCCGUCACCAGAAGAAAGCUGGCCUCUGAUUGGCUGUCAGGCUCUUGUCUCCAUGGUCAUGUUGCUAGGCAACAGCAAGGUGUUUGACCUGGUACCAGUGUCAGUCUUGACUAAAAGCAUCUGUGUGUGCAGCAGUAAUGUCCACAUACUGCGCUUGGCUGAUGUGUACCUUACACAUGCCGUCAAUGAGGGCGUGGCUGACAUUCUCACCCCCAAAGUCCUGCUAGACAUGUUUCCACGGUUACAAGACAACCUUUCUGCACCAAACUCAGUAGUGAGGCACCUAUCCUUGAGGAUUCUGGCAAGUUUCAACCUGCAGCUGCCUCCGUCUGAGGUUGAGUCUACAGUGGGUGUGUUUGAGAUCUGCCUGUCCGCAGAGACGACACCGUUGUCAGUGCAGGAGUACCGGGAGAAACAGCGCCACCUACAGAGACUUGAGUUCUCCAUCGUACAGAACUCCAUCCCAGCUGGACCUUUUGCACAGGUUCCUCUAAGGUAUCUGCUUGGAAACUUGUUUGUCAACUUUAAGUUGCUGUGGGAGCCAAUCAGAUUGCUUAUUUCCAGCCAUGCCCAGAACAUGGAGAGAGAGGCAUUUUGGGAAGUGGUCGGUAGCCAUCUUGAAAUGGCUGCUGAAAAGUGCGAGCAUCAGCUUUCUGACCGAGACUCUCCUCGUGCAACGAAUGACUCGGACACAGAAAACCCAAGCCCCACUGAAGGAAUCACAGCCCUCAUGAGUCAGUCCUUGGCAAGUCUGUCAUUGGAGGAAUCUGCCCCGCCAAACUACACAAACUUCCGUGACCAACUCUGGCAAACUCUUAACAUGUUCUCAGAGAAGUGUGCUGCUAAAACACGCCUGCUAACACCUCUACUGUUCAGGUUUCUUAAAAAUGAGUAUUACUUGUCUGAUCUAAGCUCAGCCCCUUCCCAAAACGUGCUAAGAAAGGACAAGCACACAGCCAAACACAACUUAUCUGAUCGAGAGUUAGACUCUGAAGAAAGGAUGGAUGUCCAGGAGGGCAAAUCCAGAAAGCGGACAAGAACUGCUAAAAAUGGAAAUGAAGGUAAUAAGAAGCCAAGAACUCAGAAAGUGUCAGAAAAUGUAGAUACAAAUUUAGAUGUUGAGAAAGUCAUUCAUACUAGGAUUAGAACCAGAAGCCAGUGUGACAGUAGCACUGAUAUUAAUAAUGAGUUAGUUAACAUAACAAAUGAAGAUAAUGAAAGUGAAUCUGCAAGAACUAAUGCUAGUGAUAGUCCAGAAAAGCAAAGUGUUGUUACUCAUAGAGUCAGAACAAGAAGCAUGACUAGUGUUGAUGGCAAUUCUGAAAUGGAAGAUUAUAGUACCCCAAGAAAAAGUUCAAACAGAAGUAGAACUAGAGGUGAUACAAGUAACAAUGAGAAAGACACACCCACUGAGGGUUCAACUAGUAAACGUGUACACAGAGUUGGCAACAGACAUAUGACUAGCCAGAGUGAAUCAGAAAUGGAAACAGACAGUUCACCAAGUAUGAGGAAUCUAAGAAGCAAGAGAAUGACCACAAAAUCUUCCAAUGCAACAGAUCCUGAGGGUGAUACCAGUGAUUCAGGUCUCGACGAAGAUACUGACAUGUCAGAUGCUGAAGUCACUACUGAGGAAAAUGUGAAGAACCCUAAGAGUAAGAGGCUGAGUGCAAUAAAGGAAUAUGAAGAUGUCAAUGAUUCUGUGAGUAGCAAUAGUGUUGAAGGUGUCACGGAUGAAAAGAAUAAUAAGCUUGAAACUGUGAAAACAAACACUGAAAGUCCCAAAAAGUCAGGAGUAACACAAGGUUUAGGAAAGAACGCAAGGGAAGGGGAGGGUAAGGGUGAGGUAACAGAGAGUAAAAAGCGUGGAAAGGCUGCUACAAGCUCAUUAGUUGUCCAGUUGCAGCUUUUCUCCAAGUUCAAAGAUCCUCAUAGCGUCUACAGAGAACCAGAGCUCAGAAAACUCUACUUUGAUCUCCUAAUCCACAAGAAUGCUGAUGUCCAGAAGACGGCGUUCAAGUGUAUAAUGACCUACAAAUAUGGCUACCUAGUGCCAUACAGAGAAAACUUUGAGAGGCUAUUGGAUGACAAGACAUUCAAGAAUGAGAUAGUGCUGUUUUCCAUCAGCCAGGAGAAUAGUGUUGUCAGCCCUGAACACCGGCCGGACCUCCUCCCUGUACUGAUGAGGAUCCUAUACGGGAAGAUGCACGUAAAAACUGGGAAAGGGACAUCGGGGAAGCAGCACAGUCACGUGCGACAGUCAAUCAUCCUCGGAUUCCUCAAUGGUUGUCAGCACGAGGAACUGGAGGUGUUCAUUGACCUCGUGUUUGCUCCCUUUAAAUCGCUGAUAACAGACAAUCCGGUGAAGAUGGUUCGCCACAUACAGGCUAACACAGACCUCACCUCGGUCCUCCCCGUGAAGAAAAUGCAGGGUGCCCUUGGGUCCAUAGAGAUGAUCUUCAAGAAGCUAGGUCAUCUGAUGGAUGUGUUCCUUCCAAGCGUUAUCCAGAUGAUCGUAGGCAUGGCAACCAUGUGUGGUGUAUUGCUAGGCAACAGGGACAACAUCGUGCCCCAUGUGAUCAACCCCCUGAAGAGUAUCAGACAAAAUGCCCUGUACAGACUUAUGCAGUUGUUCAAGAACUAUGACAAGUACCCAUGGCGACCAGUGGAGGUGGAUGCGGUGUUUGAGAGUGCAGUGUGGCCCCAGCUGGCUAACCUUUCCUUCGAGGGAGUGUACCACCCCACUCCCCUCCUCAAGCUGCUCCACUGCUGGACAAACAAUCCAAGAUAUUUUCCGCUACUUGCAAAGCACCACAAGGAUAACCCAGAGUUGUCUCCACUGCCUCACGUGAUCAAGCUUCUGUUGAACCCAGACUGUGGUGUACCAGUCUGCAUCAAGAUAAUGGAGAUGGUUGACAAUCUCCUCAGAGAAUAUGAUCCGGAGCAGGAAAUUCGGUUCAUAGAGACGACUGAUAUAACUCAGCUGCCCUCCAUUGAGGGACCAGAUGCAAGUCUUGGUGUGAGUCUGCUGCAACCGCAUGUCUCAAACAUCCUCGUGUAUAUACAGAGAUAUGUGACUGAAUUCUUCGCUACGUACAGCAAGAAACAUUCCACGCCGGGCAAGGAGCUCAACAUUCUCUCAAGGUUGAGCCAGUAUGUGGAAAAUGAGACCCAGAGUGUGACCCUGGUGGGCCUCUUACUGCCUUUCCUCAACCCCAGUCUUUCCAGGAAUGAGAGGACAGAGACGGACAUCCUGACGAGCAUGUUGAACCUGAUAACCCACAUCUCGGAUCCAGCACAGUUCUUCUUCCCAAUCAGCAAACUGUUCGCCAGUAUACAGAGCCGCAACUCCCGCAUUCUCCUGGCACAGAUCUUCAUUGUGGUUUGCCGCGGUGAUGAAGAGCUUGAGAGGUUGGCUGCCAUUGUUGAGCAGUUGAACUCGUGGGAUGAGACCCGUACAGAGGAGCCGGACUACACUCGUCGCCUGGAGGGUUACCGGGCAGCAAUGGGCAUCGUCAAGGCAAUGAUGACCAUGGAGAUACGCGUCUGCCUCACUCUCCUUACGAACUGCUGCUACUUCAUCUCCACUGUUGACGACAUGUCACUACGGGACAGUUCUACCCUGUGUGUGGUGACGAUCAUCAGCCAGUUCACCCAGACCGGGGUUGAUGAGAAGGCGUACAACACCAUCAUUAUGACAGGACUCAUGCCAGAAAUGAGGGGCGGUCUCAGGCAUAAAAGCCAGACUGUGUUACAUGAGUUUGUGACAAUACUAGCUGCCCUGGUGGACACAUUUGGCGACCAGUCUACCUUUGAGGAUCUCAAGCCUCUACGAGACAAGGAUGUGGAGGCCGACUUCUUCGAGAACCUCAAACACAUACAGGUUUACAAAAGGUCGAGAGCUCUGAGAAGGUUGAUUAAAUAUGUUGACACCAACACGGUGAAAAACGAAACAAUCAACAAUAUCUUUCUCCCACUCGUGUCCUCCUUCCUCACUGACGACUUGUACAAGAAACACACCACAGUCCAGGACGCGGCAGUGGAUGCCAUUGGAGUCAUCUGCCGUGUGUUGCCAUGGAAACUGUAUGCGACUCAGCUCAAGUUCUACCUUAAGCUGCUGCCUAAAUGCUUCAGUCGACAGAAACUUCUUGUCAGGGUGAUAGUUUCAAUUAUGGAUAACUUCCACUUCGACCUAUCCCAGUCGACGCUGGACGUGAAGAACACGCCUGUUCCCAAGGUGGAGCGACCACCCCCAGAGGAAAAGAAAAACACAACAGUGGCAGCUACUGGUGAGGAAAAAGACCCGAACAAUCUCGACUCUGAUGAGGAUGAUGUUGAGGUGGCCCCUGAGAUAAAUGAGGCAGUGGAGGAGGAGGUGGCUGGGAAGAGUAUUCAGGGGAAAUUACUCUGCACCCCAAAACUCGCAACCACAAUACAUGAAGUCAUCCUCAAGCAAGUGGUCGCUCAGCUCCAUAAAAUACUUAUCCAAAAGAACAAGAAUGAUGAGGAGCAUAAAGUGAACAAGACAAAGGUACCGGAAGACGAGGAGAUCCUCCGCGUGCCAAUUGCUCUCGCUAUGGUGAAGUUGUUACAAAACCUUCCUAAAGGAGCGGUGGAACGCUACCUGCCGGGGAUACUCCUCAAAGUCUGCAACUUCCUCAAAUCUCGCUCCCCAGAUGUACGCAACAGCGCACGGGAGACACUUGUGAAGAUACAGUCCACAUUGGGACCGAGAUUUUUCCCGUUUAUCUUGUCGGAGUUGCGGAGUAGUUUACGGCGUGGGUACCAGAGACACGUGCUCUGUUACACUGUGUUCAUGCUUCUGAAGCACAUGGAGGAAAGCGUGCGUCCGGGUGACAUUGAUGUCUGUCUCAAUAGUCUCCAACAGGUGUCAAAUGAAGAGAUAUUUGGCGAGGUCUCCGAUGAGAAGGAUAUUGAUGGAAUCAAGUCGAAGGUGUUUGAGGCCCGCAGCAGCAAGAGUUACGAGUCGUACGAGUUCAUGGCCCGAUAUAUUUCCACAGGCUCACUCAUGAAACUCAUGGGGCCCAUUAAACAGAUCCUUGAGACAAGCUACAGUCACAGAUCUGCCCGGAAGGUUGGGGAGGUGCUCAGGAAAGUCACCAUCGGUCUCCUUGACAACAAGAACAUCACCACGGAAACGCUCCUUGUCUUUAUACACGGCCUCACCUCUGACACUCUACCUCAGCUCAAUGAGAAAAAGAAAGCAACUGUGAAGAAAGAAGAGAAGCCCGGUCAGCGGCCACCCAGCUGCCUCCUGCUGCAGUCUGCCGCCCCUAGGGGUGGGGCCAAACCCAGGACCAACAAGAAAACCAACAAACAUGUCCUUGUCGAGUUCGGGCUUCAUUUGCUUGGCCAGCUGUUGAGGAAGCAGAGAGUGGUUGCCAUGGAGACAAGCCACUUACAGAUGCUUGAUCCCCUGGUUCCAAUGAUGGCUGACUGCUUACACUCCAAAUACAUUAUGGUGAAUGCCAACUGUCUACGAGUCUUAUGCCACAUUCUACGGUUUCCCCUGCCAUCCCUCGAGCAACAGGUGAAGGACGUUGCUGGCGGGAUGUUUGUGCUGCUCCGAAACUAUGCGACGGCCGGGGCCGCCAAGGGGGAUAACAAGGAACUCAUCACCAUGCUAUUCAAGGCGGUGACAGUGCUGGUGCGAGAAGUAAAGACGUACACGCUGGAAACCGGGCAGCUGCAGGUGCUACUGACGUUUUGUGACGAGGAUAUUCACGACCACACACGACAGAGUACAGCCUUCUCGCUCCUCAAGGCAAUCCUGUCCCGAAAGUUAGACGUUCCUGAGCUUCAUGAGUUGAUCAAGAAAGUCCGGGAGAUGUCAAUAUCUGCUGAAUCACCGCAUGUGCAGCGGGAAUGUCGGCAGGCGGUGCUUCAGUACAUGUUGGACUACCCACUUGGAAAGCAGCUAGACCACCACCUACAGUUCUAUGUGGCCCAGCUCUCUUAUGAGGUGGAGACCGGCCGCGAAUCCACACUUGAAAUGCUUGCUGCAUUCUUUUCGGCUUUCCCUCAGAAGCUACUAUCGGACUACUCUGGCUUGUUCUUCCUACCGCUUGCUGCCAGUCUGGUCAAUGAUGAGUCAGCCAAGUGUCGUCGCCUGAUAGCCCUUGCUAUAAAGUCACUGCUGGGCAAGCUGGAUCACAACGCACGAUCUAACCUGUUCUCUCAUGCUCUGAAAUGGUUUAUGGAUAGCAAGUUGAAGCUGCGUAUCCUGGCUGCCCAGCUUUGUGGAUUGUUUGUUGAGGUGGAGGGCGGUCAGUUUGAGUCUAGACUGACCACUCUACUUCCCAUGCUGGACCAGCACCUGGAACCCGGAAAAUACACUCAGCAUGAGAGUGCAGCUACAGAGCAUGACCAGGACCUGAUGAUAUACCAGGUGUUGAACACCCUGCUGAAGACGCUACGUGAAUGUGGGCAGGUCCUCAACAUGCACAAACACAUGGACAGUCUCAACAACAUCUGGGAGUAUGUAGAGAGCUAUCUAAGCCACGCACACAACUGGGUACAGCUUGCAGCCUGCCAACUGUAUGGCAUAUUGUUUGCUGCCUGGCAACCGGAACAGCUGGUUGCUAUGGAAAUACAGGAACCAAAACACUACCUGGCGAGAGGUACCAAGAAAAAGUUAAAGAGCCUUGCCAUUGACUUCGUUACCCAGCUUCAAUCUGAGUACUUGACUGAGGAGUUAGCUAGCCAGAUUAUCAAGAACCUUGUGUUUAUUGCCCGGUGUGCCAAUCUGUUUGACCUCCAACCCGUAACAACUGUGACCUCUGAAGGUCAGAGUGCGAUCCCUUCAGAGGAAGGGGCAGUUGCUGGGGGCGACAGGGCGGGGGUGAACAGUGGGCGAGACUUUUCAGUUCUCUGGUUGGUGCGUAAGAUGACCAGGGAGGCUCACCAUGAGGCUAUCACCAACAACAAGAAAACUAUCAAGAGGACCCAUGUGUUUAAGUGGCUAGCAGCGGUCAGUAUGGAGCUCGGGUCAGCAAUGGACGUUGCCGUACUCCGGACCAUGAUACCUCCGCUACAACGAGAGAUCAAUGACACAUCCAACAUACAAGACGCAGCCCUGAAAAGCUUGGCCAAUGAAGUUGUGGAGUUGUUGAAGAAGACUGUUGGCGUGGAAACAUUCACAGAGGUGUACGCAAACACCCAGCGUGUAAGGGCAGGACGACGCGACCAGCGCAAAUCCAACAAGGCCAUACAGGCUGUGGCGAAUCCAGAGAUUGCUGCCAAGAGGAAGUUGAAAAAGAAUCUUGCCAAGAUUGCAGCCAAGAAGAGGAAAGUGGAGCACUUAAAGCCGUCCAAGAAGACCAACAAACGCAAAUACAAGACAUUCGCUAUUACAGAGUGAUUCUUGAUGUCAGCUUUUUAAACCUUAUUAUGACAAAUUGUUUGUCAAUGAAACAUCAAUAUUAAAUGCAAUUAGAGUGAUUUGUUUUGUGACUGUAUGCAUUAUGUUAUUUUGUAAUGAAUAAUUACGGAUUAAUCUAAAUACUUACCAAUGGAUGCAGUUAACACCAGUAAUGAAUGAUUUUUUUUAAAAAUAAAGGACAAUUUUUAAUGAAUAUCUAAAUCAUGUUUGUUCAUUUUCUUCUCUCUAUGAGAACAUGCCUGGUGUCACCAACAAUUAAUUUGGAAUAAUUGUAACAAAUUUUUAAGCCAUUCUAAUGAGCAUAAAAUGUGUAAUCUGCUAUAUAUUAGCUACAAAAAUGAAUAGUGUAUCGGAAGCUAGCUUUGGAGUGGUGUUAUAUAUAUUUGUUGGUUUUUGGAAAACUAUGGAUAAUGUAAUUGUUAAAAAAGCAUCCCAAUUUUGUCAGUUGUUUUUAUAUCUUUACAGUGAAGUAGUCAUUGUAUAUUUGGCAAAUAAACAUUAUGUUGCAGUAUCUGGCUAAAAAUGUUUGCAAGUCUGCAUGUGCGUGGACUUAGUUAUUUGAUAUGUGGUGAGAAAUGUUUAUUGUUGAUGGAAAUAAAAGAAUAAAUUCAA